ACCGUAAGAGGGAGUCGGGACCCGGCGCCUUCCAGUUAAUCGCACAACAAACUUGGAUCACCGCAAUAAAAAGCGGCGCUGCCUGCGCUACUGCCCGUCCCGGCCGCCUCCCGCGCCCAUCCCGCCCGCGGCUAUGCGGCCCGGCGCCCUCCUGCCCGCCCUGCUGCUGCACCAGCUGCUGCUUCCCGGCGCCAGCCCCCUGCCAGAGGGCAAAGGGAGAAGGAGAAAUCUUCUUCAUGACUUCAGAAAGACAGGCGAGAUGAUGCUAAUUAAAGUAGACAACUCACUGGAGGUAAAAACCAAGCUGUUAAACACCACGGAGCAAUGUGCCAAGAGAUGCAGCAGAAAUAAAGGCCUUUCUUUCACUUGCAAGACCUUUGCCUAUGACAGAGUUAUGAAACGAUGCCAUUGGUUGUCCUUCAAUAGUUUGACAAAUGGAGUGAGAAAGAAGCAAGACCAUGCAUUUGAUCUGUAUGAAAAGAAAGACUAUGUUAGAAAUUGUAUAAUUGGAAAAGGGGCAAAUUACAAGGGGACAAUAUCUAUUACAAGAAGUGGCAUCCAGUGUCAGAUGUGGAAUUCUAUGAUCCCCCAUGAGCACAGCUUUUUGCCUUCGAGCUAUCGGGGUAAGGACCUGUGGGAAAACUACUGUCGGAAUCCCCGAGGGGAAGAAGGAGGACCUUGGUGUUUUACGACCAAUCCAGAGAUUCGCCAUGAAGUUUGUGAUAUUCCUCUCUGUUCAGAAGUUGAAUGCAUGACUUGCAAUGGAGAAAGCUAUAGAGGCCCAAUGGAUCACACAGAAUCUGGCAAAGAGUGCCAGCGCUGGGAUCUCCAGAGGCCACAUAGACACAAAUUCCGUCCAGAAAGAUAUCCUGACAAGGGCUUUGAUGAUAAUUACUGCCGCAAUCCUGAUGGCAAGCCGAGACCGUGGUGCUACACUCUUGACCCUAACACCCCCUGGGAGUUUUGUGCAAUUAAAACGUGUGCUCAGAGCAUUGUGAAUAGCACUGAUGCAGCAGUUGAAACAACAGAGUGCAUCAAGGGGCAAGGUGAGGGCUACCGAGGUACUGUGAAUAACAUAUGGAGUGGCAUCCAGUGUCAGCGCUGGGACUCCCAGUUUCCUCACCAGCACAACAUCACUCCAGAAAACUUCAAGUGCAAGGAUUUAAGGGAGAAUUACUGCCGAAAUCCAGAUGGAUCUGAGUCACCAUGGUGUUUUACAACUGACCCAAACAUCCGGAUUGGUUAUUGUUCCCAAAUACCCAAGUGUGAUGUCUCAAGUGAACAAGAUUGCUACCGUGGCAACGGCAGGAAUUACAUGGGGAAUUUGUCCAAGACAAGAUUUGGGCUAACUUGCUCCUUGUGGGACAAGAAUAUUGAAGAUUUAAGGAGGCAUAUACCAGUGUUCAGGGAACCGGAUGUUAGCAAACUGAAGAAAAACUACUGCCGCAAUCCAGAUGACGAUGCUCAUGGUCCCUGGUGCUACACAAGUGAUCCACUCAUCCCCUGGGACUACUGUCCUAUUUCUAGAUGUAAAGGUGAUACUACUCCGACCACAACCAGCUUAGAUAAUACUGUCAUUCCUUGUGCCUCAACAAAGCAGUUGAGAGUUGUAAAUGGAAUCCCAAUGCAAAAUAACCCAGGAUGGAUGGUUAGUUUGAUGUACAGGGAUAGACUUAUUUGUGGAGGCUCUUUGAUAAAGGAGAACUGGGUGCUAACUGCAAGACAGUGCUUCCCUUCUCGGUACAAAGAUUUGAAAGACUAUAAAGCUUGGCUUGGAGUUCAUGACAUCGAAGAGAGAGAAGAAGGGAUGAAAAGACAAAUUCGGAAUAUUUCCCAGUUGGUGUAUGGUCCCGAAGGGUCUGAUUUGAUGUUACUGAAACUUGCCAGACCUGCAGUAUUGAAUGCUGAGGUGGAUAUAAUCCGACUGCCCAUUUCUGGAUGUACCAUUCCAGAGAAGACCACUUGCAGUGUUUAUGGAUGGGGAUACACAGGAUUGAUUCCCUCUGAUGGCCUGCUCCGGGUAGCGAACCUGCCUAUUGUAGGAAAUGAGAAGUGCAACCAGUAUCUCAAAGGGAAAAUCACUGUGAAUGAGUCAGAAAUCUGCGCUGGGGCUGAGACCAUUGGUUCUGGACCUUGUGAGAGGGAUUAUGGUGGUCCCUUGGUGUGUGAACAAAACAGGAUGAAAAUAGUAGUGGGUGUUAUCGUUCCUGGUCGUGGAUGUGCCAUUCCAAAUCGGCCUGGUAUUUUUGUCCGAGUGGCAUAUUACUCCAAGUGGAUACGCAAAAUCUUGCUGACAUACAAAUGAGUUAUAACGGAAUAUUCUACAUAAAAGAACCACUUCCAUUCUCAUGAAGAUUUCAGAGAACGUGAAAUUAACGUGUAAUGUAAAGAUCCAUGAUUCUUUUUUUAAACUACUUGCUAGUCAAGUUGUUGAGCUUCUGUUGAUAUUUAUGGGUGUUUUCUGAUGUUUUUGUCUACCAGUGUUGUUUUAUAAAUGUUGAAGUGAGCUACAGUAUAUGCAAGUAUAGUGACAUAUUUCCUGAAGAUACUUGAAUGGGUAAACAAUGCUAAUGCUGGCUGAUAAUGAGUUUUAUGGAAAUAGAUCAUGUGGUUUCUUUUUAUGCUGCUCUUCUGGUCAGCUUGUUCAUGAGAAACAAAGGAAGUUUGUUUUACACACCUCUUUCAGACUAUGAGCCAUGUACUGCUCUAUCAGUCUUCCUGAGAGCUGAGAGCAUUGAUCUGUACAACAUUUAUGGACCUAUUUCUCUUCUCCUAUAUUCAGAAUUUAAAUUCCUCAAAUGUCUAAUUUAAAAAUGUAAUCUCUUUAACUUCUCAUUGUGGACUCAAGUCUUUAAACACUCCAUCAGCAGAAUUCUUAUCGAAGUCAAUGGGAAUGGUCUUUACACAAUUUAUUGGAACUAGCUCUAUACUUGCUACCCUACAAGUAUAUAUUAUAACAAAACACCUGAAAAGGGAAGAGACAUAGUAGUAGGUUAUUAGCAAAUUUUCAGUCAUUUGCUUUUUAUUUUAAAGUCUCCUAAUUAAUGCUGUAUUACAGUGCCAAGUAAAGUGUAUUUCAUAGAGUUCCAGUAAUGUAUCCUGAUUAGCUAAUAACAGACCAUUUUUAUCAUUAAAAUAAAUGAUUUUCAUAUAGGGAGUUAAGUUCGUAUCUCUCUUUCAUUAACUGUGCUGUAAAUUGAGUGACUCUAGUUACCUCAAGGGAGCUACUCUGCAUUUAUAGCAGUAUAGUGAGAGUGGAAUUUGGCCCUUAGCUGAUAAAAUUAACAGGGAAAAAGAAGAAUAUUUAAUGUAGCUAAGGCCAAGUUAUGUCUUCAGAUAUGUAAAUGAAAAAUGCAUACUCUCUCUGGGGGUAGAGUCUCUAUCUGUCUCGUAUAACAAGCCAAACCAGUAAAAGAACUAUGGUUUGGAGUGGAAGGUGUCAUUUAACUUCAGUAACAUUACCCAUCUCUUCUUUAUGGGUGUCAUAUAUUCUCUUUAAUAAAAAACUAACUGUAUGUGGCCAAAAAAUACAUCUCUAACAUCAUGUGUUUGAAUUUAAUAAAACUAUCAUGGGGGUGAGUAUUGUCUGCUAUACAAUGUGCAGAGCAUUGCUAAUAGUUUAAUUGCUUGUGUUUCUUUUGUGUGUGCACAUGUAGAAUCAUAAUUUUCUUUAUUACUGUUGAACCAAGAAAAAAAAACAACCCAACAUCUAUGAGGGGUUGCUCCUUUAGAACACAUUGUAUAAAUGAAAAAACCGAGCAAUUAGCAAAUGGCAAUAUUUUCUAAUAGAUGGUCUAAUUACCCUGUAAUUGCUGGCAAAUGGAUAUGACAUAUAAUCCCAUUGUACUUAUUAUUACAGUACAUUAAAUCAUAUACGUAACUUUAUGGUUACUUUAUUUGUGAAUGAUAUAAUUGUCUAUGUUCCAGAAAGCAAACUGUUCAGUUAAGCAAAGUGCAUAACUAUAUUGCUCCUAAACUGACAUCUUUUCAUAGAGUCACACGAAUAAAACAUGUUUUGUUAUAGUUACACGCUGAGUGGCAUAGUGCUGAAUCCUGCCCUAGUGAAAAAGUAACCCUGCAAGGGGAGCUGUGUUGGGAGGCACCCAAAGGACUGACUCACUAAUCUUUAUUCAGCAAAGCACUUUAAUUGGAUUUACAUGUGUGCUUAAGUGUUUUGGUGAAUGGGAUUGAACUUCAGCCUAUGUUUAAGUACAUCAUUAAAUUAAGGCUUAUGUCCAGCAUUAUGUUCCUGAAAAUCCUUCCUUAUCCUUGGUCAAAAUGGGGCUAUUUAUGUGAGUAAUGACCAGCGACCCUGGUUUUCUGAUUUUAUAUAUAGUGGCGUUUCAUUUAAAUCAGGGAAAAAUUUUAAUUUUGGGUUAAUUUUUCUAUUUGUUUUAUCAGAGAAAACCAGGAUCCCUGGUAAGGACAAGGCCUUCCAGGUUCUAGAUCCUAGACUGAUAUACUUCCCAUUGCACUCUGGCUCUUUUGCACCCUUUGCUUUCUGGUUCCUCCUAUUCAGUAACCUAGCAGAGGGCAGGAUUUAGCCUGUUGUAGUUACAGAUAAUUGUCGCCAUAUAUGUAAAAAUAUAUAUUCUCAUUAAAUAUAUGUUGACUAUAUCUUAAGAAACAAUUAACUUUUAAAGACAGAUAAGGGACUCCUAGUGAGUUUUUAUUUUUGGUUGUCAAUUAGAACAUGGAAGAUGUACAUAAUUCCAUGUCACUUUUCCUAUUCUAAGAAUUGUUAUGUGCUCACUGUACUAUAUUUGCAGGCAUUUUGUUAUGUCUACCAAAAAUAUGAAGAAAUGGAUCCUAAAGUAUUUUAGUUACACACUUCUGCUGUGCAGAAGAUAAUAUGAUUUUAUAUAUAUAUAUAUAUACAUAUAUAUAUAUAUAUAUAUAUAUAUGAUAAAUAUACUGUUUUUUGUUAGACAAUGCGUAAGGAAUUUUACCUGUUUGUUCUAGGCAGCGUCUCGAUAAAACAAGUUGUGUAGAGUCGAUGCUCUAGAAUGUAACACGUUUGAAAGCACUUGCUUAUCAGGUGCUCUCUCUCUCAGCAUGGAGGGGACUUGAGACUCUGAAGAGCAAGGUUAGAGAAGAAUUGACAUGUAGUAAUGAAUUUGUACUUCAUUUAUUCCUGUGAAUAUUUCUUGUUGGUACCAAUGGUACCGUACCAGGCAAAUGUUAUAGCUACAGCAUUCUCUUUAAAAAGGACACUGUUGAUAUAUAUUUCACUGUUUUGAAAAUACUUGUUUCUGUAAUAACUAGAAGCUGACCCAGUGUUCACUGAUGUCACUGGAAAGUCUCCUGCUGCUUUAAAUGGGCCUUGAGCUGGGCUCUAUGGAUUAAUUACAGUCACGAUCAGAUUUAAAAGAAUUGGGUGGUAAUGGUUAGAUGUUACAAAACAAAGACAAAAACUCUUAGUCAUUGAUAUUUGUCUUGAAUUCGAGCUCACCUUUGUUCCUCACAUUUUUCAUGCAAAAAAUAAAUAAAUAAAAGACUACUCCUUAGACUAUGGAAGAUGUGAUAACUGGUUUUAAACAGGAUAAUGAGAACUUUGCUGCAAUUUUCUCUGAGCGCUGGCUCUGGCUGAUAGCUCUUACUUCUGUAAUGCAAACCUUCUCUCCAAACUUUGGGGUGUUUUUGUUUUUCAUUAUUACCUUCCAGUUAAGACUAAGGGAAAAAGAAACAAAGGGCCCUUUGUAAUUAAAGCUCUCAUUAAAUCUGCUGGGCUAGUCUUUUAUGAUGCUGCUAAAACCCCCUUCUCUAGUUUAAGAGAAGAGCUCUUAUAGAGCCUCCUAAAAUCCUUGGACAAGUAGUGCCAUUGAACUUCUUGCUGACAUUCACAUGAAACAAGGCCUUCUGGAAAGGGCCCAAAUAUCUGUGUGGGGUACAACCUACUCAGGCAAAAUGCCCCUUGAAAUCAGAGUGCUUUUUGCCAAAAGACUGGAAAACUAGACUUGAAAUGUGCUCAACCCUUCAAUCUUGGCUGCACACCCAAUUACAUAGGUCCUUGGGUAGAAAAGCAUGGAAAACCUGGAAUCUGUGGUGGCAAGUGCUCCAGCAGCCUAGGCUUAUAUGUAUUCUUUCAGAAGCCUAAUAAUGAGUGAACUGAUCCUACUGGAAAUCGUUGAGAGCUUUGUCUGCAUAAGGGCUGCUUACUUACUGAUUACUUCCUUCAUCCUUUGUGUGCACUGGCAUAUUACUGUAUCAUGAAUGUUGGGGCUGCUGGCAGGCACUAACAUUGCUUUUCACCUUUUCCAUUGUCCCUUUUUAAACAGGCUUGUGGGCAAUUGCGUAUGGAGUUUCCUAAUUUGGAAUCUAACUGCAGGGGCUGUCAGUGUAACUCGGUGGAUGGUGUGAUAAUUUCUUGUAUGUAAACAGAAAAAAAUUAUGAAUGCUUCCUAUUGAAUGGGGCUAACGGCAUGCCUACCCAGAAGGGAACACUGUAGUUAUAACUUAUAUUACAAAGAUUCUGUAAUUAAUGGCAUCAUCAUUAGUUAAUAAAGUUGGUAUUUUUGUAAC